AUGAAUGAUAAUACAGAGCUUUUGGUUGAUCUUUUUGAGAAUUUUGAUGUCAAAUUAUUAGAUGACACUGUACAUACGUUUUACAAUGGUUCAGGAGUGCAACAGAAGAGGGCACAACGCGCAUUGACACAGUUUGAAGAAAACCCAGAAUCAUGGCAGUAUGCUGAUAGAAUACUUCAAUACUCAUCUUCGUCAUUUUCCAAAUUCAUAGGAUUGUCAGUAUUAGACAGAAUGAUUAAUACAAAAUGGAAAUUGUUGCCUGUGGACCAAAGACUUGGUGUGAGAAACUUUGUUGUAGGUCUGAUCUUGUCAUACUGUCAAGAUGACAUAAUUUUUAAGAAUGAAAAGAACUUGAUUAAUAAAGCAAAUUUAACUUUGGUGUGUAUUUUGAAGCAAGAAUGGCCACAAAAUUGGCAAGAAUUCAUCCCAGAGCUCAUUGCUUCUUCACCUGCUUCUCUUAACAUUUGCGAGAAUAACCUGUCAAUCUUGAAAUUAUUAUCUGAGGAAGUAUUCGAGUAUUCUUCUGGCAAAUUAACUCAAGCCAAGGCAAAAUUCUUGAAAGAUUCUAUGACAAACGAAUUUGAACAAAUCUUUGCUUUUUGCAUACAGAUGUUACAACAAGCUUCAUCACCUUCUCUAAUCGUGAUGACUUUAGAGACUAUUUUACGAUAUCUGGCAUGGAUUCCGGCUACAUAUAUUUUCGACACAAAUCUAAUAGACUCAUUGGAAAAUUAUCUAUCCAUACCAGAAACAAGGAAACUAGCAUUGAAAUGCCUAACUGAAAUAUCGAGCUUAGAAAUUUCACAAACUAAUGAUAUAUUAAGUAAAAAAUUAGCAUUAUUAUUUGAACUAACAAUACAGAAAAUUUCGGAGAGUUUUAUGUCCUUAUCCACAGACCUGAAAGAAAUAUACUCCAGGGCAUCUUCGAGGGACCAAUAUUUCUUAGAAGAUUUUGCGAUCUUUUUAACUACUUUUCUAACUCGUCACAGAUCUCAUUUAGAAAACCAUGAGGUGUUUAGACAAGCACUAAUAAUUUCUCAUGAAUAUUUAAUUCAACUGUCUAGAAUAGAUGAAAAGGAGUUAUAUAAAAUAGCUUUAGAAUAUUGGCAUGAUCUUGUGUCACACUUGUUUCUGGAAAUUCAACAGUACCCCGUCUGUGACGAAAAUCCAUCAUUAGAACUCUCAUUUAUGAGUAUGGGAACAGGUGCAGUAAAUCCCCAAUUUUUGAAGCGGUUUCCACUGAAGAAGCAUAUAUAUGAAAAGAUAUGUUCUGAAUUGAGAGUUAUUGUCGUUGAAAAAAUGGUAAGACCUGACGAAGUGCUAGUUGUGGAAAAUGAAGAAGGUGAGUUUGUAAAGGAAACAUAUAGGGAAUCUGAUACUAUCCAGCUAUAUCAAACAGCAAGGGAAGUUCUAGUAUAUUUAACACACUUAAAUGUGAAUGAUACUCAAAAUCUAAUCCAACAGAAGCUCAAGCUUUUCGAAAAUAAAAACCAAUGUGACGUUAACCAAAUAAAUCCUAUAUGUUGGGCAAUUGGUUCAAUAUCUGGCACAAUGAGAGAGGAGACUGAACAAUAUUUUUUGUUAUCUGUACUUGAAGAAUUAAUGACUUUAUCUGAAAAUCAAGGAAGCAAAGAGAACAAAGAUGUAUUUGCUUCAAAUAUGAUAUACAUUGUGGGACAGUAUCCGAGAUUUCUCAAGAACCGUUGGGAUUUUAUGACGAGCGUAAUUUCGAAACUAUUUGAAUUCAUGCGUAUUGAAAAUGAAGGUAUCCAAGAUAUGGCAUGUGAUACCUUCAUGAAAAUAGCGAAAAGGUGUAAAUAUCAGCUUGUCACUAAGCAACAAAACGAAGAGAACCCACUAAUCAAAGGAAUCCUUGAACAGUUACCAACCACUACCUCGGAACUGACACCUGAUCAAGCUCAGUUACUGUACGAAGCUUGCGGCCUGAUUGUGGCAGAGGAAAGAAAUGAAGAUAGAAGAUCAAACCUUUUGCAGGAUUUAAUGCAACUCCCCAACCAGGUCUGGGACCGUACCAUAGAGCAAGUAAAGGCAGCUCCUACCAUUAUGUGCGACCCUGUCACCCUUAAAAUUACUGCUAAUAUUAUUAGAACGAAUAAUGCUGUAUGCACCGGUAUGAAAGAAGCAUUUAGCAAGCAGAUUAGUAGCAUCUAUCCAGAUUUAUUGAAUCUUUACAAAGUUGUUUCUACCCUCAUAAAUGACCAGAUUGGCUUAAUGGGAACAAUUUCUAUUAAGACGCCACAAGUUCGUGGCUUCAGAAUUAUCAAAAAGGAGAUCUUAAAACUGUCUGGAACAUAUAUAACAGGGGCAAGAAAUCUGGAGGAACUUACUAUUGGUCUUAUUGAUCCUUUACUAAAUAUUGUACUGGAGGAUUACCGCACAAAUAUUCCUGAAGCAAAAGAUGCAGAGGUACUGAAUUGUUUGACUACUAUAAUCCUAAAAGUUGGUCAUAGAAUCCCGCAUGACAUCUUGCUGAUAUUACAAAGUACAUUUGAAUGUACUUUAGCUAUGAUAAACAAAGACUUUAUUGAAUUUCCGGAACAUCGUAUUCAAUUUUAUAAGUUACUGAGGGCAAUUAAUGAUAGGUCCUUUGUUUCUUUCCUUGACUUACCUCAAGAUGCAUUCAAAUUAUUUUUUGAUUCAAUCUGUUGGGCUUUCAAUCACAAUAACCGUGAUAUUGAGAGUAAUGGCCUACAAAUCGCCACUGAUCUAUUAAGAAAUGUUACCAUGCUUCAAAGGGAUUCGCCUUUUGCACUGUCAUUUUACAAUAGGUACUACUUGGCCUUUGUCAGUAAAAUCUUUGAAGUAAUGACGGACCCUGACCACAAAUCUGGAUUUUCCCAGCAAGCUUUGUUACUAAUGAGAUUGUUUGCAAUGGUGGAAGAAAAUAAAAUUCCUCUUGCGAUCUAUGAUGAAAGAGAUGCUCCAAGCGGUACUUCCAAUAGGGAUUACUUGGCUCAGUAUCUUUCGAACCUUCUCUGUUCUGCAUUUCCAAAUAUAACAAGAAUUCAAGUGGAAAGUUUUCUCAAAGCUUUAUCUAGACAGUACAAGAACUUGGAAACUUUUAGUGAGACAUUAAGAGAUUUCCUGGUCCAGAUAAAGGAAGCAGGAGGUGAUCCCACAGACUACUUAUUUGCUGAAGAAAGAGAGGAAGAAAUCAAAAGGCAAAAAAUGCUGAAAUACCAAGUGGCUUCAAAAGUUGCUGGUUUGUUGAAGCCCUCAGAUAUGGAAAAUGACUAA